AUGGGCCUCGGCCAGAUCGUCGCCCAAUCCCAGGGCCAUUUUAAUCCUCCCGGCGUGGCCCCGGCCCGAGAGUACUCCCUCUCCAAGCACUUUGUCCACCCCUUCCGCAAGGUCCAGCCAAAGCCCAUCCCCGUCGACGACACCAUGUCCCCUACCACCCGCGCUGUCAUCGAGGCCGACCACCCCCCGGUCCUCACCCUCGACACGAUUAACCGCCACGUGCGCGAUGCCCAGUAUGCCGUGCGCGGUGAGCUGGCCAUUCGCGCUGAGAAGUACCGCGAGCGCCUUGCCGCCGGUGAGAAGCUCCCCUUCGAUGAGAUUACCCUCUGCAACAUUGGCAACCCCCAGCAGCUGGGCCAGAAGCCGAUUACCUUCUUCCGCCAGGUGUCCGCCCUGGUCGAUUGCCCGUCCCUGCUGGCGGUGGCCGACUCCCAGGGCCCCGAUGGUGAGGCCCUGCGCCUGCUCUUCCCGGCGGAUGUCAUCGCCCGUGCCCAGAAGCUGGCCAAGGCCGUCGGCAGCACCGGGUCUUACAGCCAUUCGCAGGGUGUUCCGUGCGUGCGCCAGAACGUCGCGCGCUUCAUCUCCGAGCGCGAUGGUGGUGUGCCCGCCAACCCGGACGACAUCUUCCUGACGUCUGGCGCGUCGGACGGUGUGCGCAUGCUGCUCAACUGCAUCAUCAGCGGCCCGGAGGUCGGGGUCCUCAUCCCCAUUCCCCAGUACCCGCUGUACUCGGCGGCCCUGACCCUCAUGCAUGGGCGCCCGGUGCCGUAUGGCCUGAAUGAGACCGCUGGUUGGUCGAUGUCCGUCGCGGACCUCACCGCCUCGGUUCGUGCUGCUCGUGAGAACGGCACCGAUGUCCGCGCCUUGGUCGUCAUCAACCCUGGCAACCCCACUGGCCAGUGCCUGUCUGAGGAGAACAUCCGCGAGAUCAUCGAGUUCGCCCGCAACGAGCGUCUGAUCAUCAUGGCCGAUGAGGUGUACCAGACCAAUGUCUACUACCCGGAGGACCGCCCCUUCCAUUCCUUUAAGAAGGUUCUUCGCAGCAUGGGCCCCUCCUUCGACAAUGUCGAGCUGGUGUCCUUCCACUCCACCUCCAAGGGCGUCCUCGGUGAGUGUGGCCGCCGUGGUGGCUAUUUCGAGCUGUGCGGCUUCUCGCCGGCCGUUCGCGACCAGCUCUACAAGCUGGCCUCCAUUUCUCUGUGUCCCAGCGUUCAUGGCCAGAUUAUGGUUGAUCUCAUGGUCAACCCCCCGAAGGAGGGCGACACCUCCUUCCCCCUCUACCAGGAAGAGACCAGUGCCAUCUUCAACUCCCUGAAGCAGCGCGCUGAGCAGCUGACCAGCGUCUUCGUCGAGCUGGAGGGCGUCACCUGCGAGCGGGCUGACGGUGCCAUGUACACCUUCCCUCGGAUCCGCCUGCCCGCCAAGGCCAUCGCCGCGGCCGAGGAGGCCGGCCAGGCCCCGGAUCUCUUCUACUGCCUGGCCCUGCUGGACUCCACCGGCAUUGAGCGCUUUGCCCGUUUCACCGGUCUCCUGCGCGACUUCCACCAGAAGUUCAUGGAGCAGUACCGCGAUGAGUAA